AGUAUUUUAUAGUAGUAAUAAUUGAAAUUAAUUAAUAACUGUUUUUUUAAAUUUAACUUAUAUUAACUAUACUGUAUUAAAAAAAUAUGUUAAAAUUUUCAAUUUGUAUAACUUGUAUACUAUUGUUAGCUACCGGUGCUCUAUGGGCUGAUGACAUAUCCCAUCCGUUUAGUUCAUUUAUGCAAGGUGAAAUGAUCAAUACAGUGGACAGUAGCAAUGGUAUGUCAUUCAGGGAAAUGCCUGAACCGGAAUCGUUUGAAUUGUUUGAGGCAAAAUUAGAUCAUAAGAAAUUGGACGUAUAUUUUCGUGAAUUUAUGACCAAAUUCGGGAAGUCAUACAAAUCGGCGGAUGAGCUGAAUAGUAGGAAAGCUAUAUUCAGAGAUAGUUUGAUGAAUGUAUACAGACAUAAUCUGAAGGCACUGGAUGGCCGAUCGACGUAUACCCAACAUAUCAACGGGUUUGCCGAUAUGGAGUUGGUUGAGCUUGUUGGCCGUGGUGGUGGUGGUGGUGACCAACCACCGGCCAAUCAUAGUCACACACCACCCGACGACACUGUGGAGCCCAUCACCAACACUAGCGCCACUGUUGUUAGACAAAAACGGGACCAGGGUUGGAUCUACGAUUGGCGAUCAGUCAAUGUGGUCGGACCAGUCCAAAAUCAGUUGUCAUGCGGUGCGUGUGUCUACUUUGCCGCCGCUGCCCUAAUCGAGACCUACUGGGCCCGCACAGGUCACGGCGUAACACCGUUGAGUACGCAACAGUUGAACGACUGCGCCCGGGAUGACCCGAACGGCAACCAUGGAUGCGAAGAGGGAGGCGGGACUUUUGUACCAACAUUUAAUUAUAUACAGAGAAAAGGACUGACCUCAUGGCAAAACUAUCCCUAUAUUGCAAAGGAUGCCAACUGUGACCACGGAAAAGAAAGCCAACGAGUGGCCAGUAUAUCCAGUUGGACACCAGUAAGGCCUGCUGGUAACGAGGAGGUGCUCAGGUUGGCCAUCCAGGAUCACGGACCGGCAGCCGUAGCCCUGCACGUCAACGAUGCCUUCCAGCGUUACCGACAAGGUAUAUUUGACGACCCGUGUCCGGGUGGUCGCAAUCACGCUGUACUGGCCGUCGGCUACGGCCACGAUGGCGGCUCGAACAAAGACUACUGGAUCCUGAAGAACCAAUGGGGAACCGGUUGGGGUGAACAGGGAUUUAUGAAUUUCAGACGAAACAAUAACGACCAGUGCCUCAUAUCUACCGAUGCUGUUAUAAUUCAGUAACAUUGUAUAUGAGAGAUACCCCCCUCCCCCCGCUCCCCGUCCCUGAGCUUAAGGCUGUAGUAACGCUACUAAUUAAAUAAAAUUAAAA